AAGUGGGUCAAAUUAGUGUUUGCAUACAAAUGCGACUUGCCCCGACUUAUUUAUAAUAAACAAUCUUACUUAACCUUGUCACAAGAGCAGAUGAUAAAAAUCGAUUUUAAGAUCCCUUUAAACUGAGAUGGAAACUCUAACAACUAAGUUAACCCCCCACGGCCCCACACAUGACCUGAGCUCGACACGACAAGACUUAUUUUACAAUAAUAAUGAUAAAGGCCCAGUCCAAAAAAAGAAAAUCCCAUCUGUAAAAACCUAAGGUAUGAAAAAGGGUAGUAUUUCCUUUGCUUACCCCAUCUUCCUUCCCUUUCCUUUUGAAGUCGAAUUAGCCACUUUACGAGUCACUCACUCUUCCUUUCCCAUUUGUAAAACUGUAUUCUGCAACUUCCUACUUUCUUCUCCAGUUUCCAUUUACUCUUCUCUAACCCCCCUUUUCUUCUUCAAUCAUAUUCCCACCAAAUUAUUACAAACAACUUCAAUUUAAUUUCCAAUAAUCAAUUUUAAACAAAAACCCCAAAAGAAAAAAAUGGAAGAAAAACAAGAUAAGCUGAAAAAACCAAACUUAUCCCAUAAAAUUGUUAAUGGGUUUAUUAAUUUGGUAGUGUAAAUCACUGCUAUUAAUGGUUAAUUGAUCAUUAUCGAUUGAAAAGUUGGCGGCGAAGAUGGAAGCAAGCACGGCCCCACCAGGGUAUUUAACAAAUCAACAAGGGCCGCCUGUGACGGUGAUAAACCAACAGUCGGCGGGCCAUUACCGGGCCCCAAGCGGGCAUGUGGGGCCCGUAAUAGGAGUGUUAGCGGUGAUUGCAGUGUUGGGUAUUUUAGCUGGGUUGGUUGGGAGAUUGUGUGGUGGGAGGUCUGUAAUGGGGUAUGGCCCGCGUUUCGAUGUUGAGGCUUGGUUAGAGGCUAAGUGUUCUGCUUGUCUUGAUGGUCAUGUUGCUCCUCCUUCGCAUCGGCCGCAGCCGCAUAUGCAUAUGAACACACACAUUGCUAUGGAGAGUAUUCCUGCUGCUGUUCACGGCGCUGCUGGCAGUGGUGAUCAUGAUUACGGUCGUGGUCGUAGUCGUGGUCAUAAUGAGAAUGUUUCGCUGCAGCUACAAGGGUUGCAGCCGCAGCAAGUGGAGCGGAUGCAGCAGCAGCAACAUCCGGAGGUGUUGUUGCGGCCGCAACAGCAGCAGCAGCAGCAUCCGGAGGUGAUGUUGCGGCCGCAACAGCAGCAGCAACAGAAACAGCAGAAGCAGCAGCAGCAGCAUUCGGAGGUGCUGUUGCGACCGCUUCCUACUCAACAGGGGGCUGUUGGGCGUUCGGAGGAUGAGAUAAGAGUAGUAAGGGAUCAAGAAGAGAAGCGUGGAAAGGAAGUGGAUGAAGGUGUUGAGGAUGAGGAUGAUAUGAGUGAUUUUUCAGAUCAUUCAGAUGAAGAGUGUCACCAUGACCAUGAUGACCACGAUUAUGAACACGAACACCAACACGAAUUACACCAGCACCCGCAACAGCAGCUUCAUCGGCAGCAGCAGCUGCAGCAACAACAUCAUCAGCAGUUGCUGCAGCACCAGCAACAUCAGCUGCAGCUGCAGCAGCAGCAACAACAUCAGCUGCAGCUGCAGCAGCAGCAACAACAUCAGCAGCAGUUGCAACAACGAGAGCAGCAUCAGCAGCGGCUGCAGCAACAACAACAACAACAGCCAUAUCCACCGCAUUGAUGUAGUUUGAUUUGUUGAUUAAUUGGUGAUACUAGUUUUUGAUUUUGUCAACUUGUAGAAAACCAAGUGAAAAUACUACGGGGUACAAAUAUUAUUAGUCUAUUUACCAACCCAAUUUUUAUGUGUG